AUGGAAGCUUCACCUCAUCAAUCUGAUAAUUUCUUGAAGAUGAUUGCUGUCUGCGAUGGUGAUUUCUCCGAUGAUGAACUGGCUUAUUUGUCAUAUUUCAAUCUAGUUCAUGCAUUCGACACGAUUGCUUCGUCGACUAGUUUAUCUACAACACAGAAGACACGUGCACAAGUACUUAUUGAUAACUUAUCACAAUACAUGAAAGUUGGAUUAGAUCUAUCGCACAAGUACAAACAAAUGGAGAAGUCACCAUUUUAUAACUUCAUCUAUUGCUAUGCCAGUGGUCAGAUCAAUCAAACUAGAAAAACGUUUAACAAACGCCAUGCAUCUCGUUCUACACCUUCAGAUUUAGAUUGUAACUCUUUGUCAAAGGAUGGUGUAUGGUACAUGCAUCGUUGGCCAUUGGAACUCAUCAAUUGGCAACAGUUCAACAGUGAUCGCCUGGAUAUUCAACUCAACGUACCUGCCAAAUGCAAGAAUAAUGGUCCCCCUUCAUUGCAGAUGUUACCUCCCGACGAACGAUCCACUCAUAAAUGGAACAGUGGAGUAUAUGAUUUGGAUGAUGGAGAUGGAUUCAGUGAAGAAGAUCCAGCCAGUUUCUUGCUUAGUUAUUGGGGAAUGCGUUAUUUCAAUUUGCUAGGGUAA